ACAUUUUGGUUGGUUUCUAAAGCUUUUGCUUCACAGCAUCCUGUUCCUCUUCCCCGGGAUCCCACCUACUUUCCCCUGAUUGGUAGAAGUAACACGCUCCGUCUCCAAUUGAUUGGUUAGGAUCCCCUUGAAGGCAGACUAGGGAAGGUGAGAUGGGCGGGAUUACACUUCACGCAGGCGCUAGUAGUUUGACUGGAGCACUAGUGGGGGGGGGGGGGAGCGCUCCGCCCAGCUAACGAUAUUGUGCGCAGGCGUGAAGACGGUCGCCAGCCUAAAGGGGGGAGAGAGUUAGCGCGCGAGCAAGGGUGAGAGGGCGCGAGCCGGACCCCAGCGAGGCGCCAGCCCUGUGUGGCCCCCUCCUCCCCCUCCCCUCCCUCCCUCCCCCUCCCUCUCACUCCUGCUCGGGCGCCCGCCAUCUGGCUAGGCCGCGCCCUUCACCCUCUGCCCCCUCCCUCCCUCCCUCCCUCCCUCUCUCUUUCCCUCCCGGUGGGUGGGGUGGCUCCUCCCCCAGGCCCAGCCUCCGGGGAGGGGGAUGUGAGGAGCACCUCGGAGCGGGGCCGUCACCAUGGAGACAGGCCCGGCGCCCUUGGUGGCCCCCCCACGCCGCCAUGGCGCCUCAGUGGCCCCCUCCCCACCACCUCGGGGCUCCCGGGCUGGGCCUGUGCUGGUGGUGGCACCGGGGCCCCCAGUGACCACAGCCACCUCCUCUCCAGUCACUCUGGUGGCCCCCGGGGAGGCCCGCCCGGCCUGGGUGUCUGGCAGCUCCAGGCCCCCGCCUGGCAUCCCCGGGAGCCGGCCGCCGCCUCCUGUAGCCCCUGCAGGGUCACCGGGGCCGGCUGGUGGCACAGGGACCGGUGGCAGCACGGUGGUGGUGCUGACUUUGGAAGCUGUGGCUGCAGCUUCGGCCUUGGGGCCGGAUCCUGACCCCAAACCCACCAGGGAGAUGAGGACAGACAGCCCCAGCACCACUGGAAUCCCAAGGACAGAGCCUGGGCCGGGGUUAGCCUCUGAACCUCAUGGCAGGCCUGUGGCCCCAGGAAUGGUGAUAGCAGGAGGAACAGCAUUGCCCAUCAGUGCUGUAACCCCCGAGAUGGGGACGGAGGCAGCAACAGCAACCUCAGCACACUCGCAGACAGCCCUUGGAGGUGACUCCCUGGUCCCCAGCUCAAUGAGAGUGACUACAUCGGAACUGAUGGCAGCAUCGAGACUGGACCAGGACACUGGAUUAGCUGACUCGGCCCUCUUAGGAGCAUCUGUGUCCAUGACAGCAAAGGAUACAACUCCUGUGCCUGUUGUAGCAACUUCUGGUGCAAUGACAGCCAAACCGCCUGUUGCACCCAAACCAGGAAUGGUGGUAGCUUCAGGAACAACUGGACCAGCUACUAUUGUAACAGCAGGAGUGAUAACAGAUGGGCUAGCUGCUACAGGGACAGUGGCAACAGGUGAAACAGUUGCAGCAGUGGCAAUGGCAGGCCCAGAUGUCGAGGUGCCACUGGGGACAGGAACAGAGUCUCUUGCAGUCUGUGAGACUCCAGUCGCCAUGGUAACUGUGACCCCAGCCCCUGAGCCAGCUGAAGGUUCCCAGGACCUGGGAUCCAUGUCUAGCUUAGGUCCUGGAAUUCAAGGACCUCGGGGACAGGCCCCAGACAGCCUGAGCUACCUGGACUCUGUGAGCCUCAUGUCAGGGACCUUGGAGUCCUUGGCAGAUGAUGUGAGCUCCAUGGGCUCAGACUCGGAAAUCAACGGGCUUGCCCUUCGCAAGACAGACAAAUAUGGAUUCUUGGGGGGCAGCCAGUACUCUGGAAGCCUGGAAAGUUCUGUCCCUGUUGAUGUGGCCCGUCAGCGGGAGCUAAAAUGGCUGGACAUGUUCAGUAACUGGGAUAAGUGGUUAUCUCGUCGAUUUCAGAAGGUGAAGCUUCGAUGCCGGAAGGGCAUCCCCUCAUCUCUUAGAGCCAAAGCCUGGCAGUUCCUGUCCAACAGCAAGGAACUCCUAGAUCAGAACCCUGGUAAAUUUGAGGAGCUGGAGCGGGCCCCUGGAGACCCUAAAUGGCUGGAUGUCAUUGAGAAGGACUUGCAUCGACAAUUCCCCUUUCAUGAAAUGUUUGCUGCCCGAGGGGGUCAUGGGCAGCAAGACCUCUAUCGAAUCUUGAAGGCCUACACCAUCUAUCGGCCUGAUGAGGGUUACUGCCAAGCCCAGGCCCCUGUGGCAGCUGUGCUGCUUAUGCAUAUGCCUGCUGAGCAAGCCUUUUGGUGCUUGGUACAGAUUUGUGACAAAUACCUUCCUGGCUACUACAGUGCUGGGCUGGAGGCCAUCCAGCUGGAUGGGGAGAUCUUCUUUGCGCUUCUUCGGAGAGCUUCCCCUCUAGCUCACCGACACCUUCGGCGCCAGCGCAUUGAUCCUGUACUUUACAUGACUGAGUGGUUCAUGUGUAUCUUUGCUCGUACUCUGCCUUGGGCCUCAGUUCUCCGGGUCUGGGACAUGUUCUUCUGUGAAGGAGUCAAGAUCAUCUUCAGGGUGGCUCUGGUGCUUCUUCGGCAUACGCUGGGCUCUGUAGAGAAGCUUCGAUCCUGCCAGGGAAUGUAUGAGACCAUGGAGCAACUGAGGAACUUACCUCAGCAGUGCAUGCAGGAAGAAUUCCUCGUGCAUGAGGUAACAAACCUCCCUGUGACAGAAGCCCUGAUAGAGCGUGAAAAUGCAGCUCAGCUAAAGAAGUGGAGAGAGACCCGGGGGGAGCUGCAGUACCGACCAUCCAGGAGACUCCAUGGCUCGAGGGCAAUCCACGAGGAGCGAAGACGACAACAGCCCCCCCUUGGCCCAUCAUCUAGCCUCCUCAGCCUUCCAGGCCUCAAAAGUCGUGCCUCUAGGGGUGGGGCUUCUUCCUCCCCACCACCUCCUGUUCGAAGAGCCAGUGCUGGCCCUGCCCCAGGCCCUGUGGUCACAGCUGAAGGGCUUCAUCCCUCUCUGCCCUCACCAACUGGAAACAGCACACCUCUGGGACCGAUAAAGGAGAGCAAGCGACAAGAGAAGGAGAGGCAGAAGCAGGAGAAGGAGCUUCAGAAGCAGGAGAAGGAGAGACAGAAACAGGAGAAGGAGAGACAGAAACAGGAAAAGGAAAGGGAAAAAGAGCGGCAGAAACAAGAGAAGAAGGCUCAAGGACGAAAGAUGUCCCUUCGACGGAAGGCUGAUGGUUCUCCACCCCCACAAGAUGGAGGAGAUGGGAACUCAGCAGCCGGGGCACGACAGGACGCUUACUUCUAACCUUCUCUCCCUUCCAUGCUGGGGCUGGUAGGGGUACUGGCUUCCCUUCACCGAGAUGAACUUCAUUACCUGCCCUCUUCACUCCCUUGACCUUUCAGACCCAGGGAGCCAGCCAUAAGUCUCCUUUCAUUCUACUUGGUCAGUGAUAUUCUCUCCUAGAGAAGGCUGUAUUUCUCUCCAUCUUGCUAUAAGCGGCCACAUCUCAACAGGAGCAGAAGGAGCUAGUGCUGUUUUCCCAGAUCUCUCGGCGGGCCUUGUUCCAUGAACUGGAGCUGGCCCGAUAUUUUCCUCAGCUGUUGCUGGAACCUUUCCCCAAGCCAGCCCUUUCUAGUGGGCUUGAAACCCCAAAUAUUAGCAGCAUUUCAUGAGACAAUGUGGAGUGAGCCCCAAGUCCCUCUCCCCCUUUCCCUAUUCUACUCAACCAGUGUUCUUCUUUUCCUGACUCCACAAGUUUCUCCUUUACCUAACUAAAGUUGUUCUUUCCCAGGAACAAUUGAUUUCUCCUUUCCCCCCUCUUGCUGAACUAACCUCUUCAUACCUUCCAGCUUGAGUGGAUUUUUGAAGAUGGGCCUUGGCUGUUUUUAAAUUUUCACUUUUGGUGGUUCAGCUUCCCACUUCCAUAAGGAGAAAGCUGUGUGAGCCUCUCCUCUUCCCUUAAGCCUUAACCAUCUCCCUACAUCUCCCCUCUGUGCCAGACUAGGAAGCGGAGGGGCCUCUCUAUAUUAUAUAUAUAUAUGGAUAUAUAUAUAAUAUAUAUAUCUGAUGUCUCUGCAUUGUAAUUAUGUACACAGGACCCUGGGGGGUUCAAUCUCUACUUCCUCUCUUGCUCUGUUCACUGGUUGGUUAAUUUAAGGGGAGUUGACCUGCAGCAGGAAGGAUCCCUCAGCUAGACUGCUUGCCUUUCAGUCCCAUUUCUAGCUGCUUUUCCUCAUGUACUCUUUUCCACUACAUCUACCAGUCUCACACACCCGUCUCAUCCUUCUCGGGCCCUUUCUAAUUUUUUCCAUGAUCAAGUCUUUCCCAUUCUCUCCCCCUCUUUUGUUCCUUGAACCUCUUGCUCCCCUUUGGGUUGGGCAUCCUCUCUGUUCUCUAAGGGGGUGGGGGGGCCCUCAUGUUUACAUUCUCUUUCUGCCCCCUCACUUUCCCUAUUGCAUUGUCCCCCUUCCCCCACAACUGUACAGAGCUUUGUGGAACCAGGAAAGAACAAAUCUACUGUCCUGCCCUA